CACCGUGACGUAAAUGAGGUCUUACGAAGAGUCAGGAUAAUCCACGGUCCAUCACGAUAAUCAUCCUCCAAAAGAGCGACUCGCACUUUGUCGUCCUCAUCCGCUGAACCGUGAGCCAUGUCCGCAGAAAAGAUCAACGAGGCGCACGAUCACAUCGCCAAAGCGGAGAAAUGUCUAAAGACCAGCAUGACCAAGUGGAAACCAGAUUAUGAUGGAGCUGCAUCAGAGAUGGCAAAAGCAGCUGUGGCUUUCAAAAACGCAAAACAGUUUGAGCAGGCAAAGGAUGCGUAUCUUAAAGAGGCCGAAUACCACACAGAAAACAAAGCACUCUUCCAUGCAGCUAAGGCGUAUGAACAAGCAGGCAUGAUGUUAAAGGACAUGAAGAGGAUGCCAGAAGCCAUACAGCUUAUAGAGAAGGCCAGCGUGAUGUACGUUGAGAACGGGACCUCGGGAACUGCAGGAAUUGCAUUAGACAGGGCAGGAAAACUAAUCGAGUCGGUCGAUCUUGAGAAAGCAGUGGAUUUGUACCAGAAAGCUGCCUCUGUAUUUGAGAAUGAAGAUCGUCUCAGACAGGCCGCAGAACUUCUGGGUAAAGCCUCUAGACUUCUGGUUAGACUGCGCAGGUUGGACGAAGCUGCUGUGUCCAUUCAGAAGGAAAAAAACAUGUACAAGGAAAUCGAAAACUAUCCCACCUGCUUCAAGAAAACAAUCGCCCAGGUUCUGGUGCAUCUACACCGAGUAGAUUUUGUGGCAGCGGAUAAGUGUGUCAGAGAAAGUUACAGUCUCCCAGGCUUCAGUGGAAGCGAGGAUUGCGUUGCUAUGGAGACGUUAUUGGCAGCCUAUGAUGAGCAGGAUGAAGAUGAGGUGUCCCGCGUGUGUAACUUACCUUUACUGAAAUACAUGGAUAAUGAUUAUGCCAAGUUAGCCAUCUCCCUGAGAGUCCCGGGAGGAGGAGGAGGGAAAAAGAAGAAAUCUGCUCCUCAAGGGGGCAGCACAGCGCCGCCAGCAGCUGAGGAAGAUGAUGAUUAUGAAGGAGGUUUGUGUUAAGCUUGACUCCCCCACGCGUGUUCGUCCAAAGUGGAUUCAUUCCUGGUUGUGGGGUUUUUGUUUCUGUGUGUCCCAGCAUUGUCAGAUUUUCUGUGUUUACAUAUGAAAUGCACAGAAAAGCUUUAAUUCCCCUUAUGAAAAUUAACCAUGGUUUUACUACAGUUAAAACCAAAAAACAGGGUAAGUGUAGUAAAACCAUGGUUUUGCUAAUAGUAAUCAAUAUUACACCAAUAACCAUGGUUAGUACACUUUUACCACAAAAAACAUGGUUAAUUUAAUAAGGGACAGAUGGGUAAUGGACUUCUAUUUAAAAGAUACACUCAGACAUUUUCCUCAAUGAAAAGGUUGUAUCCUCGUAAUAGUUAAGAUUUAUGAAAAUUUAUUUUACAUGGAGCGGGUCGCCAUAUGGUGGCCGCCAUGUUACGAUCACAAAAUGAGACAACUGCACUAUUGUGUAAUGUAAUGUAAAAAAUGUGGACUUUUAACAUAUUUUAAAGGUAAAGUGUGUAAUUUCUGAACCACCAGCAGCACAUAACUUCCAAUCUAUAGUUCAAAAGCCGCUAAACGUCAAAAAUAAGAUAAUGAUAUUAACCGAAUGCGCUCGGCACGUAUUAUAUGUUCAUCAAAUCGGCUUAAUCCCGACUUAAAGUCAUUCAGAAAUACCACUUUGUUGGCAAAAUCCAAUAAAAAUCUGAUUAAAAAACACACUUAAAGGCGGGGUGUGUAAUUUUUGAAAAACACUUUGGAAAAGAGAGUCGGGCCAACUACCGAAACACAUUUGUAGCCAAUCAGCAGUAAGGGGCGUGUCUACUAACAGACAGGCGGGUCUAUCAAAAGAAGGUCUAGAUUCUAUUGGGGUAGGGGUGUGUUUGUUUAGGUGAUUUUAAAUGUCAACAUUGGCUUUCAGAUAUCAUGCACCCCACCUUUAAAGGGUUUUGUUUCUGAGGUCUCUAAUUGUUUGUUAAGAUGGAACCCAUUACCUUUGUGUUGCUGAAGCAGUGCCCUACAAAUUGAGCUACAGAAACACAUAAUACAGAAAUAUUAAAAACAAAUACAUUUAGUAUUGAACCAAAUUUUCCAAAACUCUUGGUUUAUCCAACACUGAGCGCUUACCUACUGUAUAUAAACGUACUGUUUGGUGCCGCUGGUUGUGUAGAAAUUGAAGGACAAAUAUAAACAAUAAAUUUCAACCACUCGAUGUUUCCGAUGCACAUGUGUGAUGUUUAAUGCAUUUUAAUUCACAUUUGUUUAGCGCUUUUACAGUGGGGUUUCCAUCCAAAACGUGAAGCAAAUCUUUUCAAAAUU